AUUUAUUCAUCAAUCGACCUCAUCAAUCGAUCUCAUCAAUUAACCGAUACUCAAUUCCCCUCAACACAAUUCAAAAUGGCUGGUAACUUCAAAUCAGAAAAGGACAUCUCUGGCAAGGUCGCUGUCAUAACUGGUGGAACGACCAACUUGGGUGGUGAAACCGCUAAGGAAUUGGCUUCGCUUGGUGUCAACUUGUUCUUGCACUACCGUUCGUCUUCUGAAGUAGCCAAGAAGUUCCAGGAAGAACUCAAGGCCAAGUACCCAAAGCUUCAAAUUGAAAUAUACCAGGCCCCAUUAAAGGCCGCUGCUGAUUUGACUAAAUUGUUUGAAGCUGCCAAAAAGGCAUUCCCACAAGGUAUUGACAUUGCCAUUAACAACAUUGGUAAGGUUGUCAAGAAGCCUCUUGUUGAAGUCACAGAAGAAGAAUUCGACGAAUUGGACCUUGUCAACCACAAGGUAGCCUUUUUCUUCUUGAAGGAAGCUGCCCUUAACUUGAACAACAAUGGUAGAAUUGUCACUAUUGUCACAUCCUUAUUGGCUGCCUACACUCCAUUCUACUCACCUUACCAAGGUACCAAGGCCCCAGUGGAAUUCUACACCAAGGCAUUGUCUAAGGAAUUGGGUGAGAAGGGCAUAACCGUCAACAACGUUGCUCCUGGUCCAAUGGACACGUCUUUCUUGCACACAUCUGAAACGCCUGAAGCUGUCCAAUAUUUGGCCUCUGUAGGUCUUAACGGUAGAUUAACUGAACUUCCUGACAUCGUUCCAAUUGUCAGAUUCUUGGUUAGCGAGGGUGCCUGGAUCACAGGUCAAACCAUUUUCGCUUCCGGCGGUUUCACUGCUCGUUAA